AGCUGCAAGCUCUGCUUUGCCCACCAUUUCUGAUCACCACGUCUCAAGUCCAAGCCCAAGACGAGGCCGCGGCAUGGAGGAGCUGUGGGUGCGCUUGCGUGCCGCCGCGGCGUCGGGGGACCAGAUCGCGGCUGCGUGGGCGGCGGUGCGGGCGCGCGCGGUGGCGCCGGUGCUGCAGGCGGCGGUGUGGGUGUGCAUGGCGAUGUCGGUGAUGCUCGUGCUCGAGGUCGCCUACAUGAGCCUCGUCAGCUUCGUCGCCGUCAAGCUGCUGCGGAGAGUCCCCGAGCGGCGCUACAAGUGGGAGCCCAUGCCCGUGGGGAGCGGGUGCGGCAAGGACGAGGACGAGGAGGCAGCGGUGGGCGGUGGCGGUGGCGAGGCAUUCCCGAUGGUGCUCGUGCAGAUCCCCAUGUACAAUGAGAGGGAGGUGUACAAGCUAUCUAUUGGAGCGGCAUGUGCCCUCACAUGGCCUUUGGACCGUAUUAUAAUCCAAGUAUUGGAUGAUUCCACUGAUCCGUUCGUUAAGGAACUAGUGGAGCUUGAAUGUAAGGAUUGGGCCAGCAAGAAAAUCAACAUAAAAUAUGAGAUUAGAAAUGGUAGGAAAGGGUACAAAGCAGGAGCCUUGAAGAAUGGCAUGGAACAAUGCUAUGCCCAACAAUGCGAUUUUGUUGCCAUCUUCGAUGCAGAUUUCCAACCUGAAUCUGACUUCCUUUUAAAAACUAUACCAUUUCUUGUGCAUAACCCGACUAUUGCUCUGGUACAGACACGUUGGGAGUUUGUGAAUUAUGAUGUUUGUCUGAUGACAAGGAUACAGAAGAUGUCACUUGAUUAUCAUUUCAAAGUGGAGCAGGAAUCAGGCUCAUCUAUGCAUGCCUUCUUUGGUUUCAAUGGUACGGCCGGUGUGUGGCGUGUAUCGGCUAUUAAUGAAGCAGGAGGUUGGAAGGAUCGCACCACCGUGGAAGACAUGGACUUGGCUGUACGGACAAGCCUCAAGGGAUGGCAAUUCCUGUAUGUUGGUGAUAUAAGGGUUAAGAGUGAACUCCCAAGUACCUUCAAGGCCUACCGUCAUCAACAGCAUAGGUGGACUUGCGGUGCAGCCAAUCUCUUCAGAAAAAUGGCUUGGGAAAUUGUUAUAUGCAAGGGCGUAUCUGUAUGGAAGAAACUUCAUCUUCUGUACAGCUUCUUCUUUGUACGAAGGGUCAUCGCUCCCAUCCUGACAUUCCUGUUCUACUGCGUUGUGAUUCCGUUGUCCGCCAUGGUUUCUGAAGUCAGCAUUCCUGUCUGGGGGAUAUUCUACAUUCCCACUGCCAUCACAGUCAUGAACGCCAUCAGAAAUCCUGGGUCCAUCCAUCUGGUGCCAUUCUGGAUUCUGUUCGAGAACGUAAUGUCCAUGCACCGAAUGCGCGCGGCUCUGACCGGGCUUCUGGAGACCAUGUACGUCGACGAGUGGGUGGUCACUGAGAAGGUGGGCGAUUAUGUGAAGGACAAUCUCGAGGUCCCCCUCCUUCAACCGGUGAAGCCAACCGAGUGCGUCGAGAGGAUUUACGUUCCCGAGCUCCUGGUUGCGUUCUACCUCCUGGUAUGCGCCUCCUUCGAUUUCGUGCUCGGAGCCGGGCGCUACUACCCGUACACCUUCCUCCAGGCAUUUGCCUUCCUCGUGCUGGGAUUCGGUUUCGUCGGCACAGCUGCACCUUGUUCUUGUUCAUAGCAGCAUCUCAUUCUUCUUUCCCGAUUCGCAUCCCCGUAACUAGAAGCAAUUCUUUGUGUAAACGGAACAGAAGAAACGCUCGAUGUGAAUACCAUCAAUUCAGCAGUAACC